CUAAAUAGCACCCUGUAAUCCGUACAACAUCAACAGGUAUUGUGGUAAGGAUAAAAAACCCACCUAUCAAUCUAUUACAUUUACAUGUUCGACAUAUUCGGAGUUGGUUUCUAUCGAUUAGAUUAAGAUGGGGUCCUCGGUCAUCGGCAACAUGCUGAGCGGCACCAGCCUCGCAUCAUCGUCUUCGUCUGGAGGCGCCUACGCUCCCGUUGCUACUUCUGGUUCUUCUGUUAUGGAGGUUAUGUUGUCAUAAGGGGCUUAAGUCUUUGAAACCCGUUCUUGUUUCAUUAUGUGAUCAUAACCACCACGAAAUUAGUUCUUUAGGUUCAUCGAACUAGAAAGUUGCGCCACAGUGCGGGACUCAUUGUAUUGUAUUGCACUGAUGUGUACUCAUUAUCGCAGUCAUUUAAUGGCUAACGACACACUACUUCAUCACACUAAACAGUUUUAUAACACUCUAACAUCGGCAUUUCAGCAGGUGGAGGACCAACAUCAUCAGGUGUGCCAGGCAUCGGAGUACCAAGUAUCGGAGGGAAUCCGUUUCAGCUCAACCAAAUCGGACCACGUGCGAAAGUUAUGGACGAUUUUUAGGCUAGUAUAAUUACCAUCUUGAUUUUUGUUCUUUAAGUUUAAACAGUUCUUGCUGUUGUAUAAUUGCUUCUUCUCUAAUACUCUCCUUGGCGAAAGUUUUAUCCGAAUAGCACUGGCGGAAGGCAGUAAUCACAGGCACAAGCUGGCUCUGGGCAUCACAGUGUGGAUAACGCUUUUUAGCCUGCUCGCGAUGGUGUGGGGCGAUGUCGUCUUCUGUCUAGUUAUGGAAAGCGAAACGGGAGUGGUAAAAGAAAAUUCUAAACAACAAUAGCAUGCAAGAAGAAUAUACGGGAGUGGUAAAAGAAAAUACACCGAUGCCAGAAGAAUAUGAAUAGGUUGACCUGCCAUCUUUAGCAUCAACAUCAUCUGCAUCCUCUAAUCCAUGUCUUGCCCCCAGAGCGACGGUCUUCAGUCCUGUUAGCGAUAGCCUGUUACCAAUCCCUUUCUUCUGGAACGUGUUAACGUGGCACGCCCUAGAUACGUCCAAAGUCCUGGUCACAGCGCCGUUUAUAUAUUGGGCGUUGAAAGGUACAGCUAAGUGGUAGAUCCAAGAAACUAAGUAGAGCUAAACCGAGUAGAUCUAGUAGACCUAUGAUGUUGACUCGUAUCUGAUGAUGUGAAUCAUCUACUCGGCAAUUUGCCUCGUUUCAACCUUCGCUAUGUAAAAAUGUACACGUACGUCGUUCAUAAGACAACGAUUUUCAUCCGCUCCAGCCCUAAACCCAUAGCCACUUAUUCUUGUCUAUCAUCUUUAUUGAAACCGAGUCCGAAAACUACACAUGGCCAUUAGCAUAAUAUCCUUGUAGGUUAAUAAGAAUAAUAUUUUUUUAUAUCUCUCCUACUUAGGACGGCUCUACCAUUUGGAUUGAAACCGAGUCCAACCAGUCUUCUGAAACAUCUUCAAAUAACAGAGCUCGAGUCCGUCUUCGCGGGUCCGUUAGUGCUCACAUCGCACCUGGUGUUCAACCUGCUCUUAGGGAGUAUGUUCGCUUUUGGCGUAAGGCUGUUGCAAGGCGAUACGGUGGAGCCACUAUUUGGGACGGGUUGUCUCUGCGUUAUAUUGUCCAUGAUGCUAGCCAAUCGCUUUCCUGCGAAAGAGGUGAGCCCACGACUUUGUUUUCGAUUUAGAAGUAAAAGUAGUAGUGGGAUAAAUCUUAUUGUUCUUCUGGUUUAUAAUUUCUUCUAGUUCCUAUUCGGUCGCUCGCGCUCAAGUACACGAGAGAGACAGAGGACCACGACAACCACAAAGGACAAGUGAGCAACCACAACAACCCUCACCCAUACAAGGUUCCCUUGGCUCGUGGUCGGUAUUUCCCUUUGCGGAAGCUGCCGUCCGCGACGUUGCUUGGGCUUGUUGUUUUGGCGAUAGUGACCCCAACCGUUCCGGAAUUCGGGUUCUGUUUGCUACAGCUGCCGUUGACUUGGACUUAUCUCCGAUUUUUCGCUAUUUAUCUUAUGGAGAGAGUAGUCUGGUGUAGGUGUACUAGGUGUGUGUGUGUGUGUGUGUUUGGCAAUGCAAAUAGCCGUAACAAGCGAGUUUUUUCUAUGAUACGAGUCUUCGAUCUUCUCAUCUCACUCUAAUGAUCCAAGUGGACGACAAGGCGACCGAAACUUCAAGCUGUCGGAGCUUUUCCCGAGUACCAAAAUUUUGGGCUUAGUCUCCUUGAAACCCGCCUUGGACGUUUUAUCUGCGGGAAUCUAUCUGGCGCUAGUGAAGGCGGGCUGCAAUUUGAGCUAUGACUUCUUUCUUGAAAGGAUUACUAUGUCAUGGUUCGAUAGAAGCACAUGAUCAUGGAAAAUCGUUCUUACAGACAUACAAAAGUCUUACUUCCCAGACAUCGACUUCGAAUAGCCAAAGGAUUUAUGAUGUUUCCUCCAGAGUACAAGUCCGUGCAACUGCUCCAACAACUGUACUCCGCUUCCCUCUAGCUCUUCUAAUACUCUAGCGCAGAAGUGCUAGACUUCGAAGAAGAGGACGGCGACCUAGAAAUAGAAUAUGGCGCGAAUAAUUUUAAUAUGAACGCCUACCACUAUCCCGGAGCUGGAGUUAGUAUUGGGUCUGCUGUUGGCGGUGUUAGUUAUGGGCUCGAUUUAGUGAUCUGGGACAAGUAGAAGUUGUUUUUUUUUCUCUGUCUGCCUCUCUAGUUUCGAAAAAUUCAAAUUUCGAAAGUAGAGCGGAGUUUUCUCUAGAUGAACUUGGACUUGAACAGACUCACAGAAAUCUUUACAGUAGCGCUAGUACAACCAGCUCUAACCUCUAGGCAGCACUGGCCGAAUCCCAAGCGGAACCAUUCCGGCAGGCAGAGCAGUGCCGAAUAGUGGAACAGAGGGACGGGGUACAGGUGGCUUGGAUCAGGUAGUCGAUCCUCCCCUGAUGCCUGCAAUACAAGUAGGAGGCUCUAGUGCCUCUUCCUCCUCCGUAGUCCCUGGAGGAAAGUUCACCAAUCCGUUUGCUGACUCAUCUCCAGGUCGCGUGCCAGAUCCAGGAACACAUGUUGGCGCAACCAACAGCAUGACCACUGCUGGGCUACAACAAGGUAAUUAUAGUAUCCGGAGCCAGCAGAUGAUGAAUCUGAAUGGAGGUGCGGGAGAAUAUCAUCUUCCUCCAGGAGGUACUGGUUUGGAACGGAGGCAGGGGUUUUCGUCAUCUACGCCAAGCGACGGCGGACCGGGGAUAAAUAGAGGAGGAACAGGAAAUAGUGCAGAAAAUGCAGCCUCCUUCACAACCUCUUUUUCGAUUGUUCCACCGAAUACUAGUACUCCUAGUGGGAGUCACACUUCUCACAGUGUCGGCAAUAAGAGCAAAAGGCCUGUAUUUGUUCAUGAGACCAAGGCUCCCACGACAGGGCAGACUGAGUAUAACUCAGAGACACCUAAUGCAGGCGAACUUGUCAAUAAUCUGGAUGCAGACCCUGUUGAAUACGAGAAACGGAGAAUAAAAGCGUUGGAACUGCUUGAAACUCUGUGACAAUGAAAAUGAUCCUCUUGAACUGGGAAGGAAAUCUAAAGAUUUAAACUGAAUCUGAAACAUCGAGGACUCCAAAGAUUGUUCCAGCCGCAGCCAUCUAGAUGUUCUACCUUCUCUUGGUUGUCCCGGAUAUAUUGAC